AUUGUACUCUCGCAAAUAAAAGCAAUGAAGUCAAAACUAUUGGGUGAAAUGCUCCGUAGCGUACAACUCAUUCCAUGAUUCAAAAUUUUGUGAAGCAGAGGAUUGUCGAUUUCACUGCUAAAUUUCAUUAGAUCUGCAGAUUACGCUAAAUUUCAUUAGAUCUGCAGAUUACGCUAAAUUUCUCCAUUCCUUGCUCUCACGCAGCGCGAUUUGCUGUUUUCAAUCCUGUUAUCAUGAGUUACAGAAGGGACCAUAGAGGCUCGAGGUCUGCACUUUUUGAUAACAUGGAUGCCCUUGAAGCGGGUGGACUCAGGACCUCUUCAUCAUAUUCAAGUGGCAUGGAUGAUCAUGACAAUGAGAAAACUGUGGAUAGUUUGCACGAUAGAGUCAGCUUCCUGAAACGAUUGACGGGAGACAUACAUGAGGAGGUGGAGACUCACAACCGUGUACUAGAUAGGAUGGGCAAUGAGAUGGAUGCAUCAAGAGGAAUCAUGUCAGGAACAAUGGAUCGUUUUAAAAUGGUGUUUGAAAAGAAAUCGAAUAAGACAAUCUGCAAACUUGCAGGAUAUUUUGUGAUUUCUUUCUUUGUGCUGUAUUAUGGGAUUAGGAUUCUCCUGUAUUACCUGUAUGGUUAAUCCGGGAUUGUGAUGUCGUACACAUGUUCUGCGGUGUUCUCUUUCGUGAUAAAACUCCAAACGAGGAAUCCAGAGUACAUAAUUACUGAAGCUACGGAAUCAUGCCUAAGGACAG